UUCAUUCGGUUAAGUAGGGGCAGGAUAUAAUUCCUGGACUGGUUCCUAAAGUACGGGCUGCCGCCGAACACUUGGAGCAGAAGACGAUACACUUUUACAAGCAUUCUAUUUGUUUGUUUGCUAAGUCCAAUUAGCUUCUCUUCCAGUACACAAUGGCGUCUGUGGCUGCAACUCCUACCGGCCAGAGAGGCACGUGCGGCGGCAGCAGCACACCGCUGAGCCCGACCAGGAUAACCAGACUACAAGAGAAACAACAGCUGCGGGACCUCAAUGAUCGCUUGGCCGUUUACAUCGACAAAGUGCGCAGUUUGGAGUCUGAAAACGCCGUGCUGCAUCUGCAGAUCAGCGAGAAGGAAGAAGUGAGGAGCCGGGAGCUGAGCGGAGUGAAAACGCUGUAUGAGACGGAGUUAGCCGACGCCAGGAGGUCUCUGGACGACUCCUCCAAGGAGCGGGCCUGGCUGCAGAUUGAGCUGGGAAAGAUCAAAUCCGAGCAUGAGCAGCUCCAGCAAAACUAUAACAAGAAGGACACUGAAGCAGCAGCAGCCCAGGCCAGACUGAAGGACUUGGAGGCUCAGCUAAACUCCAAAGAAGCCACAUUAGCUACAGCGCUGUCUGAGAAGAGAGGCCUUGAAGCAACACUGGCUGAACUGCAAGAACAGCUUCAGGAUUUAGAAACAGGUCUUGCUCAAGCCAAGAAGCAGCUUGCAGACGAGAUGCUUUUGCGUAUUGACUUGGAAAACCGCUGUCAAAGUCUGACAGAGGAACUGGACUUCCGAAAGAGCAUGCACGCAGAGGAAGUGAAGGAGGCCCGGCAUCGCUACGAAACCCGACUGGUGGAGGUGGAUUCUGGACGGAAGGAAGAGUACGAAUAUAAACUGACACAGGCACUGGUUGACAUGAGGACUCAGAAUGAGGAGCAGAUCAAGAUCUAUAAGGACAACUUGGAGAGCACCUAUAAAACCAAACUGGAAGACUUGCAACGUUUAUCUGAGAUGAACGGAGCGUCGGCCAACAUGGCCCGAGAGGAUCUCAGAGCGUCUGCCCUGAGGAUUGAGAGCCUCACUGCCCAGCUGACAGGAUUACAGAAGGAGACUCGUGGGUGGAGAGAUCGUAUUGCAGAGCUUGAGGCAGCUUUGGUGCAGGAGAAAGACACGAGCCGCAAACUGCUAGCAGACAAAGACCGGGAGGUGGCCGAGAUUCAAGCCAAGAUGCAGCACCAGCUGAACGAGUACGAGCAGCUGCUGGAUGUGAAACUGGCCUUGGACAUGGAGAUCAAUGCUUACCGUAAACUCCUGGAGGGAGAGGAAGAACGACUGAAACUGUCUCCGAGUCCUUCAUCUCGUGUCACAGUGUCUCGAGCCUCGUCCAGCAGUCGCAGCAUUCGGACUUCUCAUGGGAAGAGGAAGCGUGUUGAUGUAGAGGAGCAGGAGGCCAGUAGCUCAGUGUCAAUCGCUCACUCUGCCUCAGCCACAGGACCUAUCUGUAUUGAUGAGAUUGACACCGACGGCAAGUUCAUCUGCCUGUACAACACUGGAGAUGAAGACCAAGCCAUGGUGGGGUAUGAGAUGGUGAAGACCAUUGGAAAUGCUGCAUCAACCUAUAAGUUUACACCCAAGUAUGUCCUGAAGGCUGGGCAGAAAGUCACGGGUGUCCCUCAUGCUGCUAAGAAAAACUGCUCCAUCAUGUGAUCCAACUCCACAGAGACACCUCGUCCUCCUCUGAGCCCAGCCACUCUGCUGCCAACUAUUAUAGUACUAUUUUUCUAUCUUUUUUAGUGUGUGUCUGCUAUAAACAUGGUUUUAUCCUUAUUUUUUAUUUGUCAGAAUAAUCUCACUGCUUUUUGUAUUUCUUUUUUCAUCUGAAUAACCAAAAUAAUGUAGGUAUUGUUUCUGUUGAAGRUCUAAACUUGAGAUGAAGCAGCUUAACUCAAGGACUUCAAAGAAGAAACAWGUCAUUUUUUAACUUGGGUUUUAAAGUCUUUAAAUUGUGUUUGACAGUUGUUUUAGGUAUUUAAAGCUAAAAAAAAGCUACAGGUUGAUAGUUCAGGUCAGAGCUGAUUUGCUUUUGUAUUGGCUGGAGUCCUCCCACAGUUAUAAUGGAGAAUAGUAGGAAAUAAAAAGUUAAAUUUAGCUCUGUUCUAGCAGCAGGUAAUGUAAUGAGAAAUCGUCCCAGCAGAUUGAAGCCCGAUUAGAUAAAAGCUUGAAAUUGGCAGCAUCAGGUCCGUUCCUCAGUGGUGUGAAGUAGUUUAGAAAGCAGAAAAUAGCUGUGAUUGUGUUUGAGGAAAUCAGAAGAGAAAGUUGUCUGAAAGAAUAUGACUGAAUUGUUGCCUAGUUGUGAGACAUCUGUCCUGAGACACUACAGAAAUGGACCUAAAGCAUUGGUCUAUGCAGAAUGUGUGUGUGUGGAUUUGUAUUUUUACUUUUUAUUUUUUGCAAACUCACGUGUCAAAUUUUCUUCACACUCUUUUGAGUCUUGUCAUGCAGCACAAGUYUUUCUUUAAUUUGCUAAAUAAAACAGUAGCUGAAGUGUUGAUUGUAUUAACUUUUGAUAUUUGAAGUGUUUAUUGCAACUUCUGCAUUGUGUUAUUUUAUGCAUGUAGUAGUCUGUAUUUGUAGUUGAAUGAUUAAAUGUUUUCUUGUUUUUACUUUAUUUCAAAUUUGCAAAGUAGAAAAUGGAGAAAAACAAAAGUCCAAGAAGCAACAGGAUAGAUAAUGUCAGGCAGUCGAUCUGUACUUCUGCAUUUUUUAUUGUUUAAUUUAUUCACUUUUCUCAGARGAGCAGCAAUCAGUUAUCUUUUCAGUCAGGUUUUAUUUUUACUCAACCUUAAAAAAUCAAUUUAACAUUAAAACUGAACCAUUUCAGCAACUAUAUUGACAUCUGUCUAACUUUUUUGUUAAUGUUAAAUCUUAAAACAUGUCCAAGUUCAUCCUUUAUUUCCAGUACUGACUAUGACAAAAGACUGAUUGUUACCAGUUCAUAAUGUAACAAAUGGUUUGUCCAAUGCUCCGUGCCUAGUAUUGUAAUACUUCCUCUUCAUUUAUGGGUAAUCAGUGAAAUAUGCUUUAUGAAUGAAUUGUUCACUACCUUAUUUUAAGCACAUUGUUUCAUGAAAAUGAAUAAAAUAAACCAUUUGGUAUAAAAAAAAA